AUGAGUAAAAUAUACUUUAUAGGAGUAGACGUGGGUUCUGGCAGUGUAAGAGCAGCUCUGGUGGAUGAAAUAGGCCACAUAAUAAAGACAUCAGUAAAGAAUUUGCAAACAUGGAAACCAAAACCUGAUUUCUAUGAACAGUCUUCAAACGACGUGUGGGACUGUUGUGCGCAUGUUAUUAAGGCUGUAGUUCAAAAUGUUGAUUCUGCAAACGUGAAAGGAAUAGGAUUUGAUGCAACAUGUUCACUUGUGGCUUUGGAUAAGAAUGGGAAUCCAAAAUCAGUUAGUGAUUCUAAAAACAAUGAACAGAACAUAAUCAUGUGGAUGGACCACCGCGCACAAGCUGAAGCUGACCUAAUAAAUAAAACUAAACAUGAAAUCCUCAAAUAUGUAGGUGGUAAAGUUAGUUUAGAAAUGGAAAUGCCAAAACUUCUUUGGCUGAAGAAAAAUUUGCCAAAUGAUUGGCCUGAUUAUGGAUAUUUCUUUGAUCUACCCGAUUUUCUUACUUGGAAGGCUACUGGAUCAAUGAGUCGCUCCUUGUGUUCAUUGGUAUGCAAAUGGAAUUAUGAAUGUUCAACUGAUGGGAAAAAAGGUUGGAACAUAAAUUUUUUGGAGGAAAUAGGUCUUGCGGAUCUAUCUAGCGAAGAUUUUAAAAAAAUUGGCAAUAAGGUUUUAAUGCCGGGAGAGUAUUGUGGAGGUCUUACUGCUGAUGUUGCUAAAGAACUUAAUUUAUUACCAGGUACACCAGUAGCUACAUCAAUUAUCGAUGCACAUGCAGGUGGUUUGGGAAUGAUAGGAGCCAAGAGUCUUGGUAUUGAUGAUACCAAGUCAAGUAGACUAGGGCUAAUUUGUGGCACAUCUACUUGUCAUAUGGCUGUUAAUGAAAAACCCAUACUGGUCAAAGGGGUCUGGGGUCCUUAUUUCAGUGCAAUGGUACCUAACAUGUGGUUAAACGAGGCAGGGCAGAGCGCAUCAGGCAUGUUAUUAGAUUACGUAAUUGAGAGCCAUCCAGCGGGUGCCAAACUAUUAAAAAAUAGUACAGGAGAAGUAAGAACAUAUUUGAGAGGACUAUUAACAAAAAUGGCUAAUAGCCAAGGCCUAGAACAUGUAAGCUUGCUUACAAAAGAUUUUCAUCUUUGGCCAGAUUUCCACGGUAAUCGUUCACCAUUAGCUGAUCCUACCAUGAAAGGCAUGAUUAUUGGUCUAACACUUAAUAUUAGUGAAGAAAAUCUGGCUCUGCUCUACCUUGCAACAAUACAGGCCCUUUCGUAUGGCACAAGACAUAUAAUAGAUGCAUUAGUACAGGCAGGUUACACACCAUUUAAAUCUUUGCUUAUAUGUGGUGGAAUUACGAAAGAUCCAUUAUUUGUUGAGACACUAACUGAUUCAGUUGGAAUACCUGUAUUAAAACCACACGAGAAAGAAUCUGUUUUAGUUGGUGCAGCUGUACUUGGGGCCUGUGCUUCAACUUAUUUUAAUAAUGUUGAGGCUGCUCUGCAAAGUAUGGGUGGUUUGGCAGAUGUUGUUAUGCCUAAUCUGGCCAUAAAAUCAUACCAUGACAAGAAGUACCAAGUAUUUCUUAAAAUGUUCCAAGAUCAAAAAGAAUAUAGAAAUAUAAUGAAUAUCUAAUAUACCGAUCAAUCAACUGUUGUUAUGACUGUUACUACUCUUAUUAUCAUUUAACUAUAUAUUAAGCACAAUUUUAAAUAUUUUUGUAAUGAAAUAUACAUAUUUUUUAUUACA